GUCGUGUCCAAGCAGGUCUACGGCAACCCACGAGGUCCGUAAAAGCUCUGACUACUGAUUGUUGCCAGCCAACUACUAAAACAACACGACUGUUCACGGACGCAGGCGAAGAUACAAGUCGUUUGAAACAUGAGGAGGGGCAGGUGUAGUGUGCAGUGGGGGGGUCUGCUCCUCUUUCUGUCCUGCUCCCUGCUGUGUGUUCGCUCUCAAGUGGAUCCACACCACCACCACCCCCAGCAGCAGCAGCCGCCUCCAGUCAUAGGAGGUGCUGCUCACGUCUCCGGUCACGGCCGCCUGGACAAAAACAUGGUCCAAGACAAAGACCACAUCAUGGAGCAUUUGGAGGGAGUGAUAGACAAACCAGAGAACGAUAUGACACCACAGGAGCUUCAGCUGCACUAUUUCAAGAUGCACGAUUAUGAUGGAAACAACCUGUUGGACGGGCUGGAGCUAGCCACAGCCAUCACACAUGUACACAAAGAGGAGAGAGGAGAGAGCCAGCCACUGAAGGAGGAGGAUCUCAUUGCUCUCAUUGAUGAUGUUCUGAGGGACGAUGACAAGAACAAUGACGGGUACAUAGAUUAUGCAGAGUUUGCCAAAUCACUGGAAUAGAGCAUCUUUCUGUUUCUUCAUGUUCACAACGACAGUAAGGAAUCUGCAGAGAGUGAAGGACCACCGGUGAGCGUACAUGGAGCCAAACUGAGAAGCUGCAUCAGCUUUGGGAAGACCUUCAUUUAAUCUUCACCUUCUGUCUCACAGGCGGUCAAUCAGGGUUAUCGGUAGUUUAUGACACAAAUGUUUCCAAGUUGGCUAAAGAAAUUAUUCAAGUGAUUUAAUAAGCAGCAAACAAGAUGGAACAACAUAUGCCUGUUGUUUUAGUUUGACUCUGUUGUAUGCUUACAAAUGAGAGGGACAUUUUACACUCUCUGCUUUUGUAGAUUCCUUGAAGUCAUGCCAUCUUUAAAGGGUCAGUUCACCCACUUCCCAAAAUGUUUCCUACUUUACCUUCAGCAGUAUGUAGCCUUCUUUCAGGUGUUUCUGUUGAGCUUUUGAGACCUCAAUGGCAGAAUACAAAGAUGCGAGAUCCUUUCUUUGUGAUCUAUUUUCUACCAAAGUACAACAGCCAGUACACAUUUUAAAAUCUGUGACCCACCCAAAGUAAAGUGGACACUGUAAGAAGAACCACUACUGUUGAGUUUUUUUUACAUGUGAUGUUUGGUGUUGUGUUCAGCGUCAGACUAAGUUUCACUCGGCGGCGGAUCUCAAACCUCUAAAACAUUUUGGGUGAACUGAUCCUUUGAUCGUACAACUUUGUGGUGCUACAUUUAAUUCACCCCGGCAGACCAACGGCAUCUAAACCGAAUGUCAUUACUUUAAAUUGGCCAGAUCUCUUUUACACAAUGUUUAUAUAAACUAGCACACACUCAUUUGAUACUGGACAUAGUGGACCAAAUGAUUCCUUCUGUGAAUCCAUUUCACUUGCUGUUUGUGGUGAGGAUGGUGACUCAAACAUGUUGUUCUCGUGACAACAGAACGUGGCCUUGACUUGAUCAGAUGUACAGUAUAUGAGUGUGUGUAUAAAAUGGUAAACCAGCAGCAUGUCAGACAAUGUGGCACCUCACAUUUGUUCCUGAGGUGGUUUUUGCUGUUUCCCUCAUGAUUAUUGCAACUACAAAAUGAGCCAAUCAUUGUUCUCCCCACAAUAGUUGUCAGCCAGCAGAUACUUGACAUAAAUCUGUCAUCACAUAGUGAAUGUAAGGCAGCACCAUACUGUGUGUUGCUGAAUCUUCGUCACUGGAUAAGCUAGACUAAAGCACACUGGCCGAUGCUGCUGCCGCUGUAGUUUUUGUAAGAGCUGACUCUGUUUCUUGGGUUUCCAGUAAAGCACUUGAACACAACACGUGUUUGCUUCAGACAUUAGCUGCCUUUAAAACAGACAUAGAGAAAAUGUGUUCGGUGAAGUGUGUUGAAUCCAUCUGUGAUUUCUUCAUAAGUAUGAUUUUUCAUAGGGAUGAAUUCUGUAUUUUUGCCAUCCAGUAUUGAUAGUUCAAUAAAUUCAGGUUGUGAAAUGCAGAUAUUUAAAAAGCGUGACAGAUGCAACUGUGUUGUCUCUGGAAUGUGACAUAUUAAAAACCUGUAAACUGAA